AUGCCGUCGUCACUCUUCGCGCGACAAAACCCGCUCGACGAUGCGAGGAAUACAAUCUCCUCAUGGGACAACUGCAUGGCAAAGAGCUACUGCAAAUGGCCCGUCAUCGUCGCCAUCAUCGUCGCCUCCCUCAUCCUCAUCUCCGUCGUCACCUGCAUAGCCCGCUGUAUCUGCUGCGGCGCCGAAUGCGCAUGCUGCUGUUUCCGCUGCUGCUCGUGCUGCUGCGGCAGCGGCGGCCGCUCAAGUCAUAAGCGCAUCAAGAGCGAAGCAGCACCACCAUACCAUUCCGCCUCCUACCCAGCCCACUACGGUCAAGGAGGAGGCGGAGGCGGAAGCGCGCCUAUCCCUCCCAACAACCCCUACGCCCAAGCCCACGCCGUUGCGCCACGGCCCUCCAUCGACACCCGGCCCGUCAACCAGCAGUACCGCUCCAACGCGAUGCCGACGUACGGGCCCCCGGGCGGCCAUGCACCCGAGCGGCCGCAGUUUGCGACGUUUGAUAGUACGCGGGCGGUGGUGAAUGAGGAUUCUCUGCCGGCGAUGCCGACGUGGAAGGGUGGGCGGGAUGUGCAUGUCCAGGUGGAAGAGGCGGUGCCGGAGAAGAAGGGCGAUGUCGAGUUGAACCGGUUGGAUCGGAAUGGCAGUAUGGCGAGUGCCCGUCGUUCUGCCGCCGGUGGUGCUGCAGGUACAGGUGCGGCGAGGAAGAGCCCCGGGCCAGCAAGGUCACCUGUGAGUCCCAUGGCGGAUAGCUAUGGCUUUCCUCCACCUGGCUAUCAAAACUCACAGGAUGGAUACACGAGUGCGAAUGCGAGUGCGAAUGCGAAUGCGGUGCCCCCGCGCCGCAGCCCCGCGCCACAGCAUGCAAUGUAUGCGCCGCAGCAUCAGUAUUCAACAGCUGGAGACACAUACGGCCAUGUCUCACCAGGCAGCGGGAGAAACAAUGGCUACGGCCAACAACACCAACAAGCCAACCAGCAGGCAUAUGGCCGCCACCAUGCAGCCAGUCAACAACAAGGGUCAAUACGAUCAAUACUCUUCCCGGAAUCCACAAAAUCAUUAUAA